GGCGCAGACGGAGGAAGCCGGAAGUGAAGCAGAGUAGUUGUGCACGAAGCGAACGGAACUGAGCUUUACUGUUGAUCAGUCGCAGAGUGCAGACGCUGUUGUUGUUGUCGUCGUCUGGUCAUUAACAAUGGGUAAAGGAGGAGGAACUUUUGAGAGACUACUCGACAAAGCCACUAGCCAGCUUCUUCUUGAGACAGAUUGGGAAUCUAUUCUUCAAAUAUGUGACUUGAUUCGGCAAGGUGACACUCAAGCCAAAUAUGCUGUUGCUGCCGUUAAGAAGAAACUAAAUGACAAAAAUCCCCAUGUAGCAUUAUAUGCUUUAGAGGUUUUGGAAUCUAUUGUAAAGAACUGUGGGCAAACAGUUCACGAUGAGGUUGCCAGCAAGCAGACAAUGGAAGAACUGAAGGAUUUAUUUAAAAAACAGACGGAACCCAAUGUGAGAAAUAAGAUUCUUUACUUGAUCCAGGCCUGGGCUCAUGCUUUCCGCAAUGAGCCCAAAUAUAAAGUGGUUCAGGACACCUAUCAGAUAAUGAAAGUGGAAGGUCAUGUUUUUCCAGAGCUUAAAGAGAGUGAUGCCAUGUUUGCAGCCGAGAGGGCACCUGAAUGGGUUGAUGCAGAGGAGUGCCAUCGGUGUAGAGUGCAAUUUGGUGUGGUAACAAGAAAGCAUCACUGUCGAGCAUGCGGUCAGAUCUUCUGUGGAAAAUGCUCAUCUAAAUAUUCAACAAUUCCUAAAUUUGGAAUUGAGAAAGAAGUCCGGGUUUGUGAGCCUUGCUACGAGCAGCUCAACAAAAAAACUGAAGGAAAAGCUACAGCCCCUUCGGAGCUGCCACCUGAAUACUUGACUAGCCCGCUAUCUCAGCAGUCACAGGUAGUGGUCGAUGGCUCAUUGCCGCCAAAGCGUGAUGAAGCUGCUUUGCAGGAGGAGGAAGAAUUGCAGCUUGCCAUCGCCCUGUCUCAGUCUGAAGCAGAAGAAAAGGAACGAAUGAGACAGAAAAAUUCUUAUUCUACAUACCCCAAAGCUGAUCCCACUCCUGUCACUUCUUCUGCUCCACCUGUCAGCACUUUGUAUUCCUCCCCUGUGAAUUCCUCUGCUCCAGCUGCUGAAGAAAUCGACCCAGAGCUUGCACGUUACCUGAAUAGAAAUUAUUGGGAAAAGAAACAGGAGGAGGUACGGAAAAGCCCAACACCAUCAGCCCCUGCACCUAUGACUGACCCAGUCAUUGUCAGUCAGCCUGUAGACACCCAGCCAGGGCCUCCUAUCAACAUUGUAGAGCAGCAAUACCAGAAUGGGGAGUCGGAAGAGAACCACGAGCAGUUUCUUAAGGCACUUCAGAAUGCUGUCACCACAUUUAUUAAUCGCAUGAAGAGUAACCAUAUGCGAGGGAGAAGCAUUACAAACGACAGUGCUGUAUUAUCGCUUUUCCAGUCCAUUAAUAAUAUGCAUCCUCAGCUGCUCGACCUGCUUAACCAGCUUGACGAAAAAAGAUUGUAUUACGAAGGACUGCAAGACAAGCUAGCCCAGAUUCGUGAUGCCCGUGGAGCUUUAAAUGCCCUUAGGGAAGAACACCGUGACAAACUUCGCAAAGCUGCAGAAGAAGCAGAGCGUCAGCGGCAGAUCCAGCUUGCUCAGAAACUUGAGAUCAUGAGGCAAAAAAAGCAGGAGUAUUUGGAGAUGCAGAGGCAGCUUGCCAUUCAGCGACUGCAGGAGCAGGAAAAAGAAAGACAGAUGCGCCUGGAGCAGCAAAAACAAACCAUUCAGAUGAGAGCGCAGAUGCCGGCCUUCUCUCUUCCUUACGCACAGCUGCAGUCAUUGCCAACCACUGCUGGUGUGAUGUACCAGCCCUCUGGUCCCACCAGUUACCCAGCCACUUUCAGCCCUUCCGGGUCAGUUGAAGGUUCUCCCAUGCAUGCUGUCUACAUGAAUCAGUCGGCACAGUCUGGGACAACACCAUAUCCAGGAAUGCCUGUCUCAGCUACUGAUCCUAAUAUGGUGAAUGCCUACAUGUAUCAGCCAGGAGCUUCCACGGGACAGACCGCUCAGCAGGGGCAGGCAGUACCUACAACGAGCCCCGCUUAUUCAAGUUAUCAGCCAACACCAACACAAGGGUACCAGAAUGUGGCAUCUCAGUCUCAGAACAUUCCGUCUAUACCUCAAACAGCGCAGUCCACGGGCCUCGGUUACAUGGGAUCUCAGUCUGUUCCAAUGAGUUAUCAGCCCUACAACAUGCAGAAUAUGAUGUCUGCCUUGCCGGUUCAGGACCCCAGCAUGAGUAAUAUGCCUCCCCAACAAGCAUAUCUUCCUGGACAACAGGCUAUGUACCAGCAGAUGCCACCCCCUGGAGGCCCCCAGCAGCAGCAGCAGCAGCAAUUGCCACAGCAGGGAGGAGGAGGAGGAGGAGAAGCACAGCUGAUCUCCUUCGACUGACCCGUCCUCCUUCACCUCUAUCAGUCAUAAUAUUCUGAGGGCUGAGUGGCCUUCAUAUCCGUUGAACACUAUGCUAACCGCCUUUAAACAAUUCUGAUUCUUAUUACCUUUCUGUACUCAUCAACUCGUGUUUAUCCAGGACUGCCAAAAAGCAUGCAGAAAAAGUAAUUCUGUCGCCGAGAGAACAUCACAAUCCAUUUAGCAGUGGCUCUAGAAAAGAAAUGCAUUCACCGAGCAGGCACAUAAUCGGUUUAGCAGUGACGUUACAUUUGUUUUUCACUCAUUGGCCAUCAUCAUUCAUUCAAACAUACGGUUAGGUUUACCUACUGCCAUUUAUGUACCCACUUUUUCUUGGGGGUUUUUGAGAAAAGGUUAUUCAUAAUGUUCAAAUGUUGCAUUAAUUUCUGCUAUAAAUAGUGAAGUUCUUGCAAAAUAAAAAAACAAUGAAGGAAGGCCUACACUAAUUUCAAAAUGUACUGCAGUUAAAAAACCAUUAAGUAGUCCGUUUUCGUCAGAAUAGAACAGCAUGUGUUGAUCCAUAACAAAUAAAGGAAGGCAGGGCACGCUCAAAACAGAUUUUUUGAAAUAUUAAAUAGAGUCAAGAGCACAGUGAUAGAGGGGGUUUGCUCCGGUGGUCUCUCACGUGUAAUUCAACUCGUCUAUACUUGGAACCAGAACUGCAAGUACAAAACAGUAAUAUGCCCGGCUUGCUGUUAACUCGCAAAAUACGAUGACCUGCUCCUUUUAGGACAUCUGAAACGCAUGAGUGCACAGACUACAUUUGGGCUCUGUACACAAGCAUGCGCAUGUGAGCCAAACCAGCCCAUCCUUUAUCUUUUACGUUGCAUCUUUUCCCUGCCUUGUUCUUCCAGAUGUUAAAACAAGAAAUGCAAAUUCUUUUUUUUUUUUUUUGGAGCUCCAUCUGCUAAAUGAUUAGCCUGAUUUAAAUAAUAGAAAAGCCGUUUCUGUAAAUUUGUGUUUCUUUACAGACUGAUAACAUCCUUACUGUGAUGUUUUUGUAAUUUUACAUUUUAAUAUAGACUAUU